CCUCCUCCUUAUCACAAGCAACGCGCUCGCGCGGCCUCUGCCUUCUCCGUCCCCCAUCCCCCCUUCUCGUCCCCGUCUCGCUCCCUCGAGCUCCUCGCUCGAUCUCCGAAUCGAUCUGCUCCGGCUAGCCCAGCUAGCAAGCAGCUCGAGACCGUGGAGGAGGGCGGCGACCGGCAGCUGGCCGAGGAUCCCAAGAUGGGGCGCGGCAAGAUCGAGAUCAAGCGGAUCGAGAACGCGACCAACCGCCAGGUCACCUACUCCAAGCGCCGCACCGGGAUCAUGAAGAAGGCGCGCGAGCUCACCGUGCUCUGCGACGCCCAGGUCGCCAUCAUCAUGUUCUCCUCCACCGGCAAGUACCACGAGUUCUGCAGCCCCGGAACCGACAUCAAGACGAUCUUUGACCGCUACCAGCAGGCCAUCGGGACCAGCCUAUGGGUUGAGCAGUAUGAGAAUAUGCAGCGCACGCUGAGCCAUCUCAAGGACAUCAAUCGCAACCUGCGCACAGAGAUUAGGCAAAGGAUGGGUGAAGAUCUGGACAGUCUGGAGUUCGACGAGCUGCGCGGUCUUGAGCAAAAUGUUGACACCGCUCUCAAGGAGGUUCGCCACAGGAAGUAUCAUGUGAUCUCCACGCAGACUGAAACCUACAAGAAGAAGGUGAAGCACUCUUACGAGGCGUACAAGAACCUGCAGCAGGAGCUGGGCAUGCGCGAGGACCCGGCGUUCGGGUUCGUGGACAACACGGGUGCCGGCGGCGGGUGGGACGGCGCGGUGGCGCUGGGCGGCGGCGGCGGCCCCGGCGCGGCGGACAUGUACGCCUUCCGCGUGGUGCCGAGCCAGCCCAACCUGCACGGCAUGGCCUACGGCUCCCACGACCUGCGCCUCGGCUGAUCUGAGACUUGUCUUGCAUUGCCAUGCCUGCAGUGUGUCCAUCUCUGCACUCCAAGCAAGUUCGAUUCAUGAUUCAUCGCCAAGUAACGUAACUAAGGUAUUGUAACGAAUAAACUGGUGAACCAGCUAUCCGCGUACGUACGUGCUUGUUUAAUUUCGUCCACGGCCCCAGCUCAACGUGGUAUUAUUAUUGUCAUGUAAUCGUUCGUGUGUUCUACUUCUGUAGUACUAACUACUACUUGUGUAACGUGUAUCAUUUAUGUUUGAUGUUCAAGAAAAACAAUGUAUUGGUUGAUUACAUCAGACAUGAUUGUUCAGAUAUAGGUUA